GACUGGCAGUCUCUCGGGGAAGAUGUGGCUGUCCCUGCUCCUACUGGCCUUUCUUCUGGUCCCUGGGGCAAAGACUGGGGAGAUCAUCGGGGGACAUGAGGCUGAGCCACACUCCCGUCCGUACAUGGCAUUUCUUAAGAUCUCUGGCUCAAAGUCCAUGAAGUGUGGCGGUUUUCUGAUCCGAGAUAACUUUGUGCUGACGGCCGCGCACUGUUGGGGACGCUCCAUCAAUGUCACCCUGGGGGCCCAUAACCUCAAGGUGCAGGAAAAGACACAGCAGCACAUCUCUGUGAGGCGAGCCAUCGUCCACCCAGGCUACACCAAGACUUUUCUCCAUGACAUCAUGAUACUACAGCUCAAGACAAAGGCCCAACGGACAGCAGCUGUCCGCCCACUCAACCUGCCCCGGAAAAUGGUGAGGCCCGGGCAGCUGUGCAGUGUGGCUGGCUGGGGCCAAGUCUCCGUGGGCAUUCCAACAAGCACACUUCAUGAGGCGACACUGACUGUGCAGAAGGACCAGGAGUGUGAGCGCUUAUUCCCCAACUACAAUAGUACUACUGAGAUGUGCGUGGGGGACCGGAGGAAGAAGAUGGCUUCCUUUCAGGGAGACUCCGGGGGUCCCCUCAUGUGCAGCAACGUGGCCCAGGGCAUCGUGUCCUAUGGAUGGAAGGACGGGACUCCUCCACGGGUUUUUACCAAAGUCAUAAGUUACCUGCGCUGGAUACAGAAAACCAUAAAACGUGUCCAACUCCAGGAAUCCGAUUGAGACCCUAAAUUACGACCGACUAUCUUUUCUGGGAGGCCAGUGCCAUAAUAAAUGUGUCUAA